AUGGCGUCAACUGAGAUAGCAAGGCAAGCGGGUGAAGGAGCUCGUGCCGUUCCUCUAUCGGGCCAUGUUGGCUUUGACAGCAUGCCUGACCAGCUGGUCAACAAGUCUGUCAACCACGGAUUCUGCUUCAACAUCCUCUGUGUUGGUGAGACGGGUCUGGGCAAGUCCACUCUGAUGGACACGCUGUUCAACACCAAGUUUGAGGGUGAGCCCACCCAGCACAACCAGCCAGGAGUCACGCUCAAGUCCAACACCUAUGAACUCCAGGAGAGCAAUGUGCGCCUCAAACUCACUGUUGUCAACACCGUGGGCUUUGGAGACCAGAUAAAUAAAGAAGACAGCUACAAGUCCAUUGUGGAGUUUAUUGAUGCCCAGUUUGAAGCAUAUCUACAGGAGGAGCUGAAAAUCAAGCGCACGCUACACAGCUACCACGAUACCCGCAUCCAUGCGUGUCUGUACUUCAUCGCUCCGACAGGACACUCGCUCAAAUCCCUGGAUCUGGUGACCAUGAAAAAACUUGAUAGCAAGGUCAAUAUUAUCCCAAUCAUUGCCAAGUCGGAUGCCAUCUCCAAGAGCGAGCUGGCCAAGUUCAAAAUUAAAAUCACCAGUGAGCUGGUCAGCAACGGAGUGCAGAUCUACCAGUUCCCCACUGAUGACGAAUCCGUGGCUGAGAUCAACUCCACCAUGAAUAGCCAUUUGCCCUUUGCUGUGGUGGGGAGCACGGAGGAAGUCAAGAUUGGGAACAAGAUGGUGAAGGCCCGGCAGUACCCCUGGGGGACGGUGCAGGUGGAAAAUGAGAAUCACUGUGACUUUGUCAAACUGCGGGAAAUGCUGAUCAGAGUGAACAUGGAGGACCUGCGAGAGCAGACUCACACGCGUCAUUAUGAACUCUAUCGCCGCUGCAAGCUGGAGGAGAUGGGCUUUAAAGACACGGAUCCUGACAGCAAACCCUUCAGUCUGCAGGAAACAUAUGAAGCUAAGAGGAACGAGUUCAUGGGAGAACUGCAGAAGAAGGAAGAAGAAAUGAGGCAAAUGUUUGUCCAAAGAGUUAAAGAGAAGGAGGCUGAGCUCAAAGAGGCAGAAAAAGAGCUGCAUGAGAAGUUUGACCGUCUGAAGAAACUCCACCAGGACGAGAAAAAGAAGCUGGAAGAAAAGAAGAAGUCCCUCGAUGAUGAGGUCAACACAUUCAAACAGAAAAAGACUGCUGCAGAGCUGUUGCAGAAUCAAGCCCAGCAGGCAGGGGGCUCCACCACACUCAAGAGGGACAAAGAGAGGAAAAACUUCUUUUAAUCUGUCUUGACCACCUGAAGAGGGGAUUGCAGCUUCAGCAAGAACUAAGCACCCUUUACCUCUUCCCGUUUUUCUCGCUGUAUCAACCUUUUACUCUCCCCAUCGCAUCUCCUUUUGUUGAAUAUGGCCUUAAUGUGGACUCGCAUGGUAUUUCUGACUACCUAAAGACGCUUUAAAGCCGGGCAGGUCAGGAACCGGGCACAAUUGAAAUCUGCUGUUAUGUCUUAAUGUAUAUAGAGAGACUCUUGUAGUUCAUAGAAAUUGUCGGGUGGGGUUCACACGCUUUUAGGAAUCACAAAUGAAGUCGUUAUUUGAUCUUUAGUUGAAAUUAAAUUUCCAUGACCUGCACUAUGCACUCAUCUGUUCAAGACAAUUCUCAAUACAAAGGCAUUAGGAUAAAAAUGAUAAUAAAUCAUCGAGGCUUGCUUUUAAAUAAAUGAACAAAAGCACUUAAUGCACUAUGUGUAAUGUGUUACAGAAUAAUGAGGAGGCAUGUUUUUUCUUUUGAAGAGAAAAUGUCCUGCUCCCCUGUUUUCUGCACAUCAAAAUUAGAUAAAGAGUCAUAAUCAUGCAAAAGCCAAAGCAAUGUUUUAUGGUGCCCAUGUUUACAUGUCACUGCUGAAUACCAUGGAGGUCACAUGUCAUGGCCUUUUACUACACAUUGUGCUUUAAUAUUCACCAGCCUACUCUAUAUUUUGCAUGCAUCUUUUUUCUUUUUUUUUUUUAAAUGUUCAUUACUGCAAUGAUCUUUGACCUGCUUGUUUUUAACCCCUAAAUAACAGUUUUGCAAUCAGUUUUCCUUCAUUGCUGUUUUCUUCAAAACGGUGCAUAUAAUUCAUGUAUAUUUGCUCUGUCCUAUGAUUUCAGCUCCCACUUUGCCAAAUGUUAGUAUAAGAUGGAGUUGAAUUGAAUCCCAGAUAGGAGUAUUAAGAAAUACUCGUGCAUUUAUAUAAUUUAUAAGGAUAUAUUUUGUGUAUCGAAGUGGAGACUUGUUGUUUAUUACCUAUGAUCUUUGGACGUGACUCUGAGUGUAACAUUUUGGUGUCAGGAACUGCCAUACAUUUUUCUAGUAUCAGUCAUCACCUCUUGUAGUCAGAACCUCUCCCACGCUACAAAUUAUUCAGUAUCUUACUUUAGUUUGAUUCCAUUGAUGUACAUUUUGAAUAAAAAAGGUG